ACCUAAAGAAAUCUUUUUACAUUCGCUAUGCAAUUCAAGACCGUCGUUGGUGCCGCCGCUUUGGCCACUUUAGCUUCCGCCAGUAACGUUACCGUUACCACUGACAUUGUUGUCACUGACUUCACUACUUACUGCCCAGCUUCUACUGAGUUUGUUGUCAACAACGCCACUAUCACUGUGACUGAGGCCACUACUAUCACCAUCUCUGGUGCUUGUACCAUCCCAACCACCUACGUUACCUCCGCUCCAGCUUCUUCUACCGUUGCUCCAGCUGUUGAAACAGCUACCGGUGCCGCUAACAAGGUUGUCGUUGGUGCUGCUGCUGGUUUGGCCGCUGUUGCUGCUUUGUUGUAAGUUAGCAUUAUAGAAUGUUUUUAAUUUAUAAUAUUGUAAUAGUAUAGGUAAUAUACCACUUCAAC